CCGCCCACCCCCGCACUGGGGGGAGUCUGGGCCCCGUCAUCUGGGCCCUUGGGUCUAGCGUCCCGCCAUUCCCGAUCCUGUAGACAAGACCAGCGCCUCCGCUGGGCCCCUUUCCUCCCCCGCGGCCGGCGCUGCCAGGGCUUAUGUAAAGAGGUCACAGCUGCUCCGCCGCGGGGCGCACGCGGGUUCCCGCACAGCGGGGUGCGAACUCGGGAAGGACGGAGCGCCCGUCCCCAGCUCCCAGCGCCGCCGGGCGGGGGCUCUCGGCUCUCGGUGAUGCGCUGUUUGCGCCUCGCGCCGCGCGGCUCCGCCAGGCUGGGGCCCAGCGUGGACGCACGGGAUGCUGAGUGUUGAGGGACGGUGAAGCGCUCGCCGGCGUCGGGACCCUGGCGGGGGUCGGGCGGACACCGGCGCAAGGGAGUGGGAUGGGGGCGGGGAGAAGGGACGCGGAGUAGCCGGCGCCUUCGCCCCCCCCACCCCCCACCUUCCCUCCUAACCCCGGAUUCGCACCUUCGUCCGGACCCUGGCGUUCCGCGGCUGGGGGUGCGGCGGGAGCGGCCCGCGGGGCUGCCAUGGAGGUGCCCAACGUCAAGGACUUCCAGUGGAAGCGCCUGGCGCCACUGCCCAGCCGCCGCGUCUACUGCUCCCUGCUGGAGACUGGGGGGCAGGUCUAUGCCAUCGGGGGCUGUGACGACAAUGGCGUCCCCAGGGACUGCUUUGAGGUCUACUCCCCCGAGGCCGACCAGUGGACGGCCCUGCCCCCGCUGCCCACAGCCCGGGCCGGGAUGGCCGUCAUCGCCCUGGGGAAGAGGAUCAUGGUGAUUGGGGGGGUGGGCACCAACCAGCUGCCCCUGAAGGUGGUGGAGAUGUACCACAUCGACGAGGGCAAGUGGAAGAAGAGGAGCGUGCUGCGCGAGGCCGCCAUGGGCAUUUCUGUCACGGCCAAAGAUUACCGAGUGUACGCGGCAGGCGGGAUGGGCCUGGACCUUCGUCCGCACAACCACCUUCAACACUAUGACAUGCUCAAGGACAUGUGGGUGUCGCUAGCACCCAUGCCCACCCCGCGAUACGCGGCCACCUCCUUCCUUAGAGGCUCCAAGAUCUAUGUGCUGGGAGGACGACAGUCCAAGUAUGCAGUCAACGCCUUCGAGGUCUUUGACAUUGAGACUCGCUCCUGGACCAAGUUCCCCAACAUUCCCUGUAAACGGGCCUUCUCCAGCUUCGUGACCCUGGACGACCGCUUGUACAGCCUGGGAGGCCUGCGGCAGGGCCGGCUCUACCGGCAGCCCAAGUUCCUCCGGACAAUGGACAUGUUUGACAUGGAACAGGGGGGAUGGCUGAAGAUGGAACGCUCCUUCUCCCUCAAGAAGCGCAGAGCAGACUUUGUGGCUGGCUCUCUGAGUGGGCGGGUCAUAGUGGCUGGAGGACUUGGGAACCAACCCACUGUCCUGGAGACGGCAGAGGCGUUCCACCCAGGGAAGAACAAGUGGGAGGUGCUCCCAGCCAUGCCCACGCCCCGCUGUGCCUGCUCCAGCAUCGUUGUCAAGAACUGCCUCCUGGCUGUGGGGGGCGUCAACCAGGGUCUGAGUGACGCGGUAGAAGCCCUGUGUGUCUCUGACUCCUAGCUGUCCUGGGCCCGGCGCCUUUGCCCUGGACCGGAUCGCCUGACUCUUGACAAGAGGAGUGGUCUUGUCAAAGCAGUUUGGGCUACUUCCCUGUUGCCAGUGGGGCCAGGCUCUGGGGCUUAAACGACCUCCCUCCACCUCCUAAUCCUACCACAUCCUAGGAAACUCUAGGAAGUCCCAAUGACCUCCAGCCCCUGGUUGGAGCUCAGCGGACCUCGGGGGAGAGUCCUCACUUACUGCUCAGGCAGAGAAAUGUACAGCAGUAUCCGCUACCUGCCCCUCUCUGAGUCCCACCUCUCCCCAUCUCCAGAGGAUGAGCUGCUGCUGCUGUCCUUCCCCAGCUCUCAGUGAGUUUGAGGGGCUCUUAGGAUGGAAAAUGGAGAAGGGUUGGGGACACCCAAAUGCCUCUUCUCUCCCUUGGCCUACAUCCCUUCCCCAUUUGGCGGUCAACGGUGAGCCUGCCCUGGACCUCAUCUCUGCAGCAAGAAUUGGCCUCAGAGGCAGCUGAGUUGGAAGGGAAGUCAUGGACGGAUCCCUGUCGGCAGCCUUGGCCAGGAAGGACCCGGGCCUCUCCAGGGCCCUCGAUGGGAAUGUGAUGCUGGGGAAGGAGCCGACUCCACCCAGCCUCUGCUCCCCGCUCCUCUCCUCACUGCUUCUCCUUCUGCCACCCCUCCCCACCAGAGGCCUGGCCCUUCUGUCACCAAUAGCCCCAGAGUGUUUCCGUGUGAAACCUCAUUUACACUGUGGCACCAAAAUCCACAAGGGAUGGAUUCAUUGCACUCCGGUUAUCUGCAGCAGCACAAUGAUUAAAAUCUAUAUUCCUACCUUC